AUGCGUUUAGUUUGGUCAUUAUUAACAUCAAAAGAUAAAAUAACAAAUGAAGAUGUUGAAAAAUUAUUAUUAGAAAUGAGUGAUCAAUAUCCUGAAUUAUCUCGCGUAUUUGUUACUGAACGUGAUCAAUUUUUAGUAUAUUCAUUAAGAAAAUGUGCACAAAAAAUUCCUAUUGAAACAAAUCAGACUGGUUUUGUUCCAGCAACUAGUGUUGUUGUUGGUAUUGGUCAUGUACAAGGAAUGAUUAAACAAUGGAAUCAACCAACUAUUAAUGAUAUUUAA